AGAAUAUUGGUAUUGGGCCACGCUAUUGUCCGAGCAUUGAGGAUAAGGUUUACCGGUUUGCAGACAAGGAAAAGCACCAAAUAUUUUUAGAGCCAGAAUCUCGGGAAUUAGACACCACUUACAUCCAGGGUUUAUCCACUUCUUUGCCAGCCGAAAUUCAGGCUGAAAUCUUAAAGACUUUGCCGGGAUUAGAAAAAGCCCAAGCCGGGCAAAUUAAUGGCACUACUGGCUAUGAGGAAGCGGCCGCACAAGGGUUAAUGGCCGGAAUAAACGCCAGCCGUAAAAUAAAAAAACAGGAGCCGCUAAUUCUCCGCCGUGACCAAGCCUAUAUUGGAGUAUUAAUUGACGAUCUGGUGAACAAAAAAAUUACUGACCCUUAUCGGCUCUUGACUUCUCGAGCUGAGUAUCGCUUAUUGCUACGACAUGAUAAU